CGAACGACGGCGUUAAUGGCUGUACGAAGGCAAGCAUCCACCUCGACCCCACGAAAUUUGCUUCUCGGGCACCGCAACGGUAAUAUCUCUCCGAGCAUUUAUAUGAAGUCAUCCUCGCACGGUUCUCAUCUACUUUUCGAGCUCGGAUUUGCACCGUCCCUCUUCUUCUCCUUCUCCACCACCGUCUCAAUGAAUCUCCUUCCCGAAUCUCUCGCCUCUUUCUCUGUCGCCUGCAUCCUCAUCAUCGUCUGCUCCCUGUCGUCUCUGGUUCAAGUCCAAGCUCGCCAGUUCCGCGUCGGAGGCAGAGAUGGCUGGGUGGUUCAUCCCGCGGAGGAUUACAACCAGUGGGCUGGUCGGCACCGGUUCUUGACCAACGACACCCUCCUUUUCAAGUACAAGAAAGGAGGGGACUCGGUGCUGCUAGUGAGCAAAGACGGCUACGACAAGUGCGACACCCACAACCCCAUCAAGAAAUGGGACGACGGCGACACCGUCUUCCAGUUCGACCGGUCCGGUCCUUUCUACUUCAUCAGCGGCCAAGACGGCAACUGUCAGAACGGCCAGAAGCUGGUCGUCGUCGUCCUCGCCUUCAAGCCUCGCCCUCUUCCUGUUCCCCCGCCUAAAGCUCUCCCUCCUCAGAGCUCUUCGCCGACUCCGUCGACGGCUCCCGGGGCGGCAGCUCCGGGUUCGAAACCGCCAGGGUCGAGUGCUCCGGCGACGUCUCCGGCAUCGUCAACUUCGCCAGCUACAACUCCAACACAUGCGCCGGCGAUGGGACCGUCGUCUCUGUCGCCGUCUACGACCGCCGCUCCAGGUUCGGAACCGCCAGGGUCGAGUGCUCCGGCGACAUCUCCGGCAUCUUCAACAUCGCCAGCUACAACUCCAACACAUGCGCCAGCAAUGGGACCGUCGUCUCUGUCGCCGUCUCCGACCGCCGCUCCAGGUUCGGAACCGCCAGGGUCGAGUGCUCCAGCGACAUCUCCGGCAUCUUCAACAUCGCCAGCUACAACUCCAUCACAUGCUCCGGCAAUGGGACCGUCGUCUCUGUCGCCGUCUCCGACAGCCGCUCCAGGUUCGGAACCGCCAGGGUCGAGUACUCCGGCGACAUCUCCGUCCCCGUCCACAUCGCCAGCUACAACUCCAGCACAUGCGCCGGCCAUGGGACCGUCAUCUAUGUCGCCGUCAUCUGCGCCAACGGCAACAGCUCCAGCAUCAGGACCAACCGCGCCCGGGGCGCCGGGAGCGUCGCCGCCGGCGCCGACCACCACUUCGCCAACUCCAGGAGGGUCAGCUCAGCCGUCUCCACCACCAGGGACGCCAACCGGUGCCCCAGCGAACGUGACCUCGCCUCCGCCGGGCCCGUCAGCUGCACAUGUGGUGAAUCCUCUCAGCAUGUGGUCAUUGGCAUUCUUGAUGACGGUUCUAGGGCAAAUUUGACGGAGACUAAGGCACGAAGUACAGUGCAGUAUUUAGAUAUAAAUAUAUAACUUUAGACAUUAAAAAGAAAGAAACCUGGGACGGAAUUUGAUCGUGUUUACGUUGGUUUUUGUUUUGAGCAGAUGUUGGAUUCAUUUGUUCGAGGGUAUCUUUAUUAAAAUUUUUCAUAGGUUUGUUAAUAGGAAAUAAAGGAGCUGUUGUCAUUGAUCA